UCGCUGAUGAACGUUGUUGAUCAGUUGGAAUUCCCGGACCAUGUUGACAGUUGGGAAUAUGUCACACGCUUGCAGUGGAAGUGGCCAUCUGUUUUGUCAUUUGUGCAUAUCUUCAGUCGCAGAUCGAUUUCAAUAAUCAGCCAUGGAUUUACGAAGAUAAUUAUUAUUGUCGGUGUUUCGUUUUGAUCUAAAGCACAGCAGUGAGUGAAAACUGAACAUGGCCAAAUGGGGGAGUUUGAAAUACGUGUGUUGUGUGUUUGUACUUUUUGGUGGUGUCUUACCAGUAUUGUGCCAAAUUCCAGGUAGAGCGAUUAUCAACGAAUCAUGCUUCAACGAUUGCAGUGGAAAGGCAAACCUUCCAUGUCAGGUCACAGAAUUGCCAUUUCCUUGUUUCUAUCCAAAGGCUCACCACACCGAUUUCCCGAGUCCACCCAAAGACGUUCAGGUGCAGGCCCUAAACGACUCUCUGACUCGCACCUGGCUGAUCAAUCUUACCUGGCAGCUACCUUAUGACUGUAAGUACUAGUAGUAGUGUGGGGUGGGACUUGGCACAAUUGGCUGGAACAAGAAAUAGCCCAAUGGACCCCAAUGACGAGUAUCAAUCCUAAACUGUCCGCACAUGAGGCAAGCACUUUACCACUGGGCUAUAUCCCACCCCUCCUUGUGUAACAUGGUAUACUCACUUUGGAUCCCUAUAGUUACUAAUAUGAAA